CGCUGGGCGCCGCGGCGGCUGCGGGGCCGGGCCGGGCUGUGGAGUGGGGCUGGGUGGCCGGCGCGGGUGCUGCCGCUGGCGUAGCGGAGCCGAUCCUAGCCAAGCCAAACCGCGGCUGAGCACUACAGGGCAGCUUCUCAGAUCCUGAAACAGAUUCUAACCAAGUUGGCACCCUGAAGAGACUUAUCUUAAGAUCAAUGUAUUACAAUUGCAAGACAGAUUUCCUCGAGUGAGACCAUCGCCUAUCUCGGAGUACUGUGGUACGAUCUCAUUGCAGAGGUGGCACAGGUUGUUACUGAACAUGGUUUCUUCAUUACAUGUGCUCCUAAACCUUUUACACAAAUUUGGUGAUCGCACUGUUUUGACCAAGGCUAUGUGCUGAAGGUCUGACAGAAGUUGAGCUUCCUCUUUGGUGCUGGCUACAGCCAUUUGCCUGCAGAGGUCAACCAGCAGAAGUAAUUUUGAUGUAUGGUUGUUCACAUUUUCACAGGACUGCCUUACCUAGCAGAUGAAGGAUUCAGAACGAUGGCCUCGCAGGAGCAGGUCUGGCCAGUCCCAAUGAAGGCAAUUGGAGCACAAAACCUUUUGACAAUGCCUGGAGGAGUGACCAAAUCAGGGUAUCUUCAUAAAAAAGGAGGCACCCAGCUACAGAUCUUGAAGUGGCCGUUGAGAUUUGUGAUUAUCCAUGAGGGAUGUAUUUACUAUUUUAAGAGCAGCACAUCUGCGUCUCCACAGGGUGCAUUUUCUUUGAAUGGUUACAACAGGGUUAUGCGGGCAGCUGAGGAGACAACAUCAAACAAUGUGUUUCCUUUCAAGUUAGUUCACAUUAGCAAGAAGCACAGGACGUGGUUUUUUUCAGCUUCUUCUGAAGAUGAAAGAAAGAACUGGAUGCUAUCCCUGAGGAGGGAAAUUGAUCACUACCAUGAGAAGAAAGAAACAAUAACAGAAUUCAGUGACUCUGGUUCUGAUGCAGACAGCUUCUAUGGCUCAGUAGAACGUCCCAUUGAUAUCAAGUAUUCUCAUCAUUCAGCAGAUAAUGAAGAUUACGACCAGGAGGAAGAGGAGGAGUCUUACUUGCAGCCAGAUACUUCUGACAUGGUGAAAGAUGAUAUGGUCCUACCCCCAGCCUACCCACCUCCACCAGUUCCUCAUGUCAGAAAAGCUGCCUACUCAGAAUCACGGGCAAAUUCCUUUGCUGGCAAAUCUGCUGUGCCAGUACCACCACCUCCUCCUAAAAGAAGCUUACCUGACUUCAAAUUAGAAGAUUUCUUACACAUGAGAGAACCCCAGUUACAGUGCCGAGCUGAACCUAACCUAAAGAUUCAAUCCACAAGCUGGAGACUAAGUGAACAGCUGCCCCCGGUACCCCCUCUACCUCCUUUCAAAAAGCCUGUUUGUGUCAAAGAAUCUUGCUCAUUGCCUCCGGAGCCUCUGCCUCUAGCUCAAGUUCUUCCUACUCCAGAAGGAUGUGAGAAGCUAAAAACUUUAAACCUUUCACCACGAACUCCUCCUCCACUACCAAGCAGUAAACCCAAGCUGUCACAGUUUACUGAAAAUCCAGUCGAGCCCAAAGUGCCAAGAGAACAUGGUAAACCUGGACUGUUUGUGCCACCAGUGCUCCCAAAGCCACCUGUGCCAAGCCACCUGCCCCCUGGAAUGAAGCCCAGAGCAGAGAAGUCUUCAUGUCCCCAGUUACAGAGAUCACCACCAGAUGGACAGAGUUUUAGAAGCUUCUCAGCUGAAAAACCAGCACUACCCUCCAAGCCAAACCAACCUGAUGAUGACUCUGAUGAUGACUAUGAAAAAAUUGGGCUGCCUCCUUCAGUGUUUCUUAAUAUCUCUGAAUCCUUUGAAGUCGAAAGGACAUUUAAAGCUAGUAGCCCACGGGGACAACCACAAAAUGGAUUGUACUGUAUUAGGAACUCAUCUACUAAGCCUGGAAAGGUAUUGGUGGUAUGGGAUGAAUGUGCGGAAAAAGUGAGAAACUACAGAAUCUUUGAAAAGGAUUGCAAGUUUUACCUGGAUUCAGACAUCAUGUUUUUGGACAUGGGAAGUUUGGUUGAAUACUACAGCACUCAUGUCUUACCUAGUCAUGACAGCCUGAUUCUUCGGUGUCCUUAUGGUUACUCUAAACCAAGGUGACGUGACUGGCAUAGUUCACUGACACUUAGAACAGAUGGACUCUCUACUGCCCUUAAAUUCAACAUGGACUCCUGCCGCUUUUGGACAUCCCAUUGUUUGCACACUGAAACUGAGUCUGAUUCAACCGUUUAUUCUCACACAGAUUGUAUACAGACUCCAUUUAAUGAACUCGUGGUAAAACCUUACAAUCCAGAUCAGUGGAUUUUAUGGCCUUUUCUUUUAAAAAGAUCUGAACUGAUUAUGCUGUGAAAGCUGCCCGUGAUACCUACAUCUUUUAUAAAACUGCUGCUAUUACUAAUCUCCUUGGAAUGUGGAAGAUGGAUGUGAACAAAGAAGUGGUCUGAAUACAAUACAGAAAAGGGAGGCUUCUGAAAGUAUAUCAGAAGUCACUUGUGACAGGAGAUACUAACACUCUGACUUGAAGGUAUUACUCCUUAAGUCAGCACUGGUGCUCAACUGAGAGUUUUUGUAUUACUUGUAUAGUUGAUGUGUAAAUAACGAAGACUUCUGUGCAAAUAAUUUGGUUUACUACAGGUAAAGAGGAUCAGGAAAUGUGGCUUUUUUUUAAGCCACCUCAUAUGUAAAUGUAACUUCUGAUUACAAUGUCUGCAGUGAUCAGUAUCAGGGUACUAUCCAACUGAUACGGUAAUGCCAUGCCAUAUAUUACUUCAUGACAUGCAUUUCAGAUAGGUGUGGAGUAAUAUUGACCUGGCUUUCAUGGGAGCCCCAUUACUUAGUCCUGAACUAGGUAGGUGCCACUAGUAUUUUUAAUGUAUGAGAAAACUACUUAAGAUUGAGGGGGAAGGGAGGGGUUUUUUUUAAUACCCCAGAUUCUGACUAGCAGUUUUCUCUCACAUUGCCAUCAUCAAAGGCUCUUCAAAACAAAAAACCCUGAAACCAUGAGUGUGAUGCUACUAUCGCUCCGUAAAUCUUCGUGGUCAGUCUCUUAGGAUCGGGUUGCCAGCCCAUUGCAUUCUGUUCUGUUCUAGGGCAAAACAUACUGCCUUAGUCUACUUUUUGUAGUUCAGCAAGAAUUUUUCCAUUAUUACAAACCGGGUAGCGAUGGUAGUUGCAUACAAAAUAAAACCUGUUUUUAACAUACUAUUAGCACUGUCAGACUAUCAGUGAUACGCAUUAGCAGGGUGUUUGUAAUAUUUGUUCCUGAAUAUUUUGGGGACAGGUAUCCUAAAACCAAGGGCUUGAUAUUUAUGCCAAAAUUACCCUAUUCCUAUAUUUGAAUAAAAAGGAAAAAUCUGUUUUAAUGACCUCUUAAGUAUCUUUGAUUCUGAUAAGUACUAGUAUAAUGGUCUCAUAUCUUUACUAAUGUUUACAAGACUUACAGUAAUUUUUUUUUAAAAAUCUUGUUACUCCUGAAACAGAAGGUAUCUAGUUUGUCAGUCUGAACCUGUAUCCACAAAUGUCAUUUUUUUGUUACCUUUUCAAAGUUUACAAUGUCAGUUUUAAUCUUGUUGCAGUUAGAUGGUCAUAACUUUAAAAAUGUAAACAAAACCAUUACACCAGAAGAUUUUUCUGUUUUAUGGAAACAGUAAACCAGGAUUUAAUCCCUAAGGGAUUUUUCUUAAUAAAGAGAUGUAAAAUUAGGACCACACAUAGAGGCAGAGUUCCUUGCCUCAAUUCCUAUCUUUUGCAAGAGACACAGACAUUGACGAUAUCGGUCUUUUGAUCCCUGUUCCUGCUGUAGUAGGUUCUAUGUGCAUAAAGAAUAUGCAGUACUUAAAUUUCAGAUUUUGUUGAAUAUUGGAUAUUCUAAGUUUCUAAUUCCUUUUAUUUUAAGUGAGUAUCCCUGUGGUUCACUACCCUGAUGUGAUCCACUCUGUCAAGAAUGGUCAGCCAAGAAAGCAUUUAAAAAUGCUUUCGGUGUAUCAAUACAUGUAUAUCAGAGCAAGUUCUAGUUUUCUUGCAGUAUUUACACGUACUGUUUAUGGAGUGAAUUUUUCUCUGUCUGGGAAUAAUUGACUUCGUGUCACGACAGUUGUACAGGAUGUUCUCUUUGGAGCCCUAUUCAGAUAUCUAAAUUUUUUUUGCGGCCAUACAUAUACUCUUAAGAUUUUUAAUCUAUAAAAAUGCAUAUGUCAUCCAAUACAUAUAAAACAUAACACUGCCUUUACCUGUGUAAUACAAGGUUUGCAAAUAUGUAAAUUUUUGUGUUAAUUUCCUUUUUUAUAUAAAUGUAUAUAUUUCUGAAAUGGAUAAACAUUCAGUGCCAGUUCACUUAA